AUGAAUUCGAAUCCUGAGCUCACGACCUCAACGCUGCCGACAUUGGACGCCUACUUGCUCACAGAUCUACGGGACGCCAAAGUUCUGGUCCAGUUUGGUGGCCAAGGAAGCGGAUACCUCGGCGAACUCGCGCAACUGGUGAAGUCGUUUGAGACCGUGCGCGACUUGGUCAGCAGGGCUCAAGCAGCAUUGGAACAUAACGUUACUGCAUUGGCCAACGAAGCUUCGUGUAUCCUGCACUCACUCCUAUUGGCCGAUCACGAAUUGAUAGCUCGACUGUCGAAAUCCGCUUUGUCCCGGGCGUGUGUGAGCUACCCGCUGGUGUUUUUGACGCAGUUGGCAUCCCAAGGCCUCGUAGCUGCAGUGCUUCUAGCAGCCGCCACCACACAAAACGAACUCGUGGAGCUGGGACUUCAGUUCGUGCAACUCAUGCAUUAUCAUGGCGUCCUCGCCCAAGCAGCCUUCGAUGCCGUCAACGACAGAGUGCCCAAAGUUGUCGGCACCGUGGCGACCCCCAUGCUCUUGAAUUCAAUCUCGAUACAGCACCCCACAACCCCCCGGUCGAAAUUUCUCUAG